AUGAGGGAAGGUGCUAUCCGGGUUUUCAAUCAUCUGGGACGUCAUGGCGGACGUCAGGCUCUUUCCUUUCCCUCUAGUUUUCACUUGGCCCUGAAGUCCGAUUGGGACGGCCGACGUAGGCACCGGUCGAGGUCCCGCUCGCGAGAAAGGGGAAAAAGACAUCGCUCUCGCAGCCUCGAACGUAGACGCGAUCGUGACAGGGAUCGGGAUCGAGACAGAGAACGUUUUCGGGAUCGAGAAAGACAUGAUGGACACACUGAACGGUAUCCAUCAGAUACCUAUGGCUACCGGCUGGAUCGCGAUGGGCGUAGAUAUAGCUCCCGAGCGAAGUCGCCUGAACUUACACCAGAAGAACGCGAUGCUAGAACUGUUUUCGUAUGGCAACUUUCUGCUCGCAUUCGCCAAAGAGAUCUCGAAGAUUUCUUCUCCUCUGUUGGCAAAAUCAGAGACGUACGUCUUAUAAUGGAUAAUAAGACAAGGCGCUCCAAAGGAAUUGCUUAUGUCGAAUUUCGUGAAGUCGAAUCAGCUCAGUUAGCUCUUGGAUUGACUGGCACCAGACUUCUCGGUGUCCCUAUCCAGAUACAGCAAAGCCAUGCUGAGAAAAACAGAUUGGGCAACCUUGUUAACUCCCAAGUCUAUGCUGCAAGCACUACUUAUCACAGGCCGCCUCAACCAAAGGGUCCUAUGAAACUUUACGUAGGGUCACUGCAUUUCAAUAUAACCGAAGAAAUGCUCAAAGGUAUCUUUGAGCCUUUCGGAAAAUUGGAAGAAUUAAAACUUAUCAAAGAUACAACGACUGGUCGAUCUCAGGGCUAUGGAUUCGUUACUUAUACUAAUAGUGAUGACGCCAAAAAAGCACUUGAACAGCUUAACGGUUUUGAGCUCGCAGGCAGACCAAUGAAGGUUAAUUAUGUGACAGAAAAGAGUGAUCUUCACAGUCUGAGUCUUCUGGACAAUGAAGACGCGGACAGGGCUGGCAUUGAGCUUGGAACUACCGGACGUCUUGCACUUAUGGCCAAACUAGCAGAAGGCACUGGCCUAGAGCUGCCCAAGUCGGCUUUGGUACAGAUUCAAGCAGCACAGGGAAAUCCUACCUUAGGCGCAGCUGGGGCUGUAAGCUCGGCUUCUGCCACAGCACCCCCUGUUUGCACUCAAUGCUUCAUGCUUUCAAAUAUGUUCGACCCUCACAUAGCCACUCUUUCUACAUUCGAGGAAAUCAGGGAUGACGUGAUUGAAGAGUGUAGCAAGUUUGGUGGUGUCCUGCAUAUGUAUGUUGAUAGAACUAGCGCACAGGGAAAUGUCUACGUUAAAUGUCCUAGUAUCGGUGCCGCCACUAACUGCGUUAACGCACUUCAUGGGCGCUAUUUUUCCGGUCGCCUUCCUCCAACUGCCUCGUUCUUAAAGCUGGCCCAUCUUGAUUGCUCAAGUAGGAUCGCCUCCACCUCGCGCCUCGUCGGGUAUUCUCGUUUCUACAGAGAACAAAGGAUAUCUGAACUUACUCAUGACUCUGCUGCUUUCCUGAUUCCAAAUACUUUGUUGCUGUCUUUUUCUGCGUUUUGGGUCUGUCUGAAUCUUCCCGAUCAUAUUCCGGUCAAUAUCAAGAAGCUUAGUGUUUUCCAUCGUGUCCUGCUGUUCGACUACAUGCUGCCUACUCGGGCUCCCUCGGGGAUCCCCUCUUCCUGUCUGGCAUUGGAGUUUACUUCACUCUUUAUCUGCUAUAGGUUCAACUACUUUAGUCCCAAACUCUGGUUACCCGUGGCUUGUGUUUUGCUCGACAGUCCUCAACCCUUUGUCGCUUUAGUCACAUAG